AUGCGGCAGAAGAAAAACCAUGACCUGGUUUCUGUUGCUUAUAUGUCCAUCUUGGAACUGUGGCCCCUGUUGGUUUUGUGCUUUUCGUGUGCGGCUUUAUCAGGAAUGAUCAUCUGGCUUUUGGUGAGUAUUGUGAUCAGUUACACUUUGAGCAAUAGGGAUAUUUAUUUAUCAGGUAGAGUUCGAAAACGCGUGAUGGGGCAGACAUAAAUAUUUUGCAUAUAUUGCAAAGACAAGUGUUUUCAAAAAUAUGUUAUGAGCAGCUCUUAAUGUCGAGUUUUUGACUAAACCAGCGAUGAAGGAUUCUAUUCUAGUUAGAUAUCAUCAGAGGCAAGCAGUCUUCGAUAAGGACAUAUUCAAAAGCAUAAUUCGAGAAAGAAGACGCUUUAGCGCAGACAAAAUGCCGAAAAAAUUAUAAUGCAUGCUAUUCAGUUUAUUAAUAUCACUUACUAACUGCCCUCUUGACUAUGCAUGUUCAAGGAUCAUCGCUCGAAUCCGGAGACUUUCUCCAGCCGAUUCUGGAAGGGCAUUGCAGACGGAAUGUGGUGGGCAAUAGUUACCAUGACAACAGUGGGGUAAGUUUGUUGACUAAGAUAGAAUGUUAUGGAGAACGUUACUUUCCGAAAUCGUUCGAACACUCGUGUUGGCCGCUAAUCCUUGGUCCGAUAGAGGAAGAGUUUUUUUUACUGGUAAUAAAUUUAGAAAUUACAUAUUUUUAUAUACUUGUGACUGAUUUUAAUUUGAUCAUUUGUCAUUCGACUCUAAAAUUAUUCUUUGCCUAGAAUGCCAAUGAAGGGAUGGGGAAAUGUACAAUUCAGUAAUCGCUGCGUGCCUCGUUUUAGACGUACGAGGUACAGCAAUCUGUCUAGCCAUAGACUUUGCUGCAAUAAAUCUCAAAGAGACUCUAGCGAGGAUUCUUGAGCCAAACUCUGUAAGGGAAGAAAUGAAAUAAUAAAUAAAACAUUUUUACAUUUUAAAAUCAAGUGUAGACAAAUUAACUUGUCGGUGAUUUUAAGAUAACUUGGUUUGAACGCCUGAGUUGAUGAUGGAAAUCAGACACCGUAAAUAGAUUCUAGAGCUGACGUUUCGAGCGAUAUCCCUUCGUCAAAGAGAAUUGAAAAGUUGUUGCUAAGUACAAAUAAUUGGACGAUCUGUUUUUAUUAUAGUUAAGCCAAAACAUUCCUUUCAUUUAGAGAUCCUACAGCAUUCUUUCCUGUCAUGUACGUAUCAUUCCCUCUUGUAAAUUAGAAAGAGGAAGCUCUAAAACCAAUUUCCAAUACAGGUAUGGUGACAAAGCUCCCAAGUCAUGGUUUUCUCGUCUCUUUGCUGUUGUGUGGAUGAUAGCAGGAAUAGUUUUAUUGUCCAUGUUCACGGCUCAGGUGUCGUCUCGUCUAACAACUCAGGAGCUAAAGGGCGAAGACCAUUUGUUUAGCAAAAAGGUUAGAAUAUCGAGGGGUAAAUAUCCCAAUACUAAUAUUAACACCCUUGUUGCUGUUACUGUUACUACUUUACUACUUUACUACUACAACCACCACUACUGCUUCUACUACUACUACUACUACUACUACUACUACUACUACUACUAUUACGACUACUUCGUAUAUGCUGCUGCUGCUGCUACUACAUUUACUACUACUACACCUCUCACGCUCUCUCAUUACCACGGCCAACGCCUCAAAAGUGUUUCAAAACCGUUACUGGGGUGUCCUAGUAAAACAGUAGAACAUAACCAGGAAAUCUUUUGCCAGACUUCGCGUUUAUUCAUCCUACAUCUUAGGAAAGGGGAUAUCUUAAGUGAGUGAAUUUUCAAAUUAUUUUUGAAAUUUCGAAUUUAUUCAUCCUAUAUAUCUUAGGAAAGUCGGGAUUGUUAUUCAUCCUAUAUCUUAGGAAAGGGGAUAUCUUAAGUGAGUGAAUUUUCAAAUUAUUUUUGACAUUUCGAAUUGUGAGCAGCAUUCAGUUCCUAUAUUAAAGGAUCCGAUGUGUAAGUGAUACCUUUAUCAGUCGGCUUUGUAAUUUUAAUUGUUACUCAAGCACAAUAUGGCAUGUCGGAAAUAUAUCGAAGCGUAAAAGAGAAGGCGUUUUCACGAAUUGCAUAAAGUUUAUACAACCGCUGUCAAGAACAAAAGAAAACGCAUAUAUUCCGCCUAAUGAAAUUGAAGUAAUUUCGAAUUUUUUGUGGAGAGAUGAAUAUUUGUAAUCCAUUAGCUCUUAGAGCCUUGCGGCAAGGAGAGAACAGAAGAUUUUAUGCAGCUGAAAGACGUGAAAUAAUUUAUCGCAUGUUAGCGCUAUUUCUCGGGCGUCUUGUUUGAGUAAACUGGCUAUCCGUGGAUUGAUUUUUAUUUCAGUUAUUUUCAGUUAUUUAUUUGGUGACAUUUGUAUGCCACGGAUCUCACGAGUCCAGCUGUUGCUGGAAAAAAAAAGUUUUAAAGACUUCAAGUCCCUGCGGUAUAUUGAUUAAUGCUUGCAUUAUUCAGUGGGGCCAAGAUGAUUUACUAGAGUGAUUAAAAAACCAAAUAAUGUGUUUAUUCUUAAAAAAGAAAUUAAAAAAAAGCUUUGAACAUGUUGUUAGUGUUGAGGUGAAUAAUAUUUUGGCGGCCUAAAUUUCCCGUUUGCUACGUGUUAAUUUAUCACUCACCUAUUUAUUUUAUAUUUUAGGAAAUUUGUGAGUAUUGAUAUUAAUUCCGGGGACAAGCAGAUAUUUUCUUUGCAUAUUCUUUUUCUUUUACAUGAAUAAAAUUACGCCCUUGGCUGAAAACGAGUGCAUUUUUCAUGUAACACGAUUGUAAAGUUGUAACAUGAGUGUAAAGUUGUAACACGAGUGUAAAAUUGUAACACUAGUAUAAAAUUGUAACACGAGUGUAAAGUUGUAACACGAGUGUAAAGUUGUAACACGAGUUCAAAGUUGUAACACGAGUGCAAAUUAUAAUUAGCACGCGCGCCGUCAAAGUUUCCUUCGUUUUGCCUUUCUCUAUGAUGUUUUUUUCAUGUAAAUUUUUAAUAAGUAAUAACAUGAUUUCGAGUGGUGUAAAUAAGCACUUUUAAAUAUUUCAAAGACUACAAUUUAUUGUCUCGUGCUUACUCAUGCUUAUAAAUACCAAAAUGUACUUGAAAUCAUGUCAUUACUCAAUACUUAAAUUUUCGUAGAACGCUCCGACAUUAUGACAUAUGUAUGAGAUAAUAUUUUUUUCUUAUAAAAAUAUACAUAUAUUCAAACAAAUAUUUAAAAAUUCGAUUUCAAACGUCGCGAAAAGCGUUUUUUAUUAAGGUAUUUCAGUUCAGAUACUACAGCCUACACUUAACAACACUCAGAAAUUGCAAUAUAUAAUAGCCGUUAUGUACAACUCAUUCAGUAUGGAGGUCUUUAUCAAUGACAUUUCCUUCCUUAUUUACGCAGAUUGGGGUUCCUCCUGGUCUCCUUGAUUCGAAUUAUGUUGAACACGAGAUGUCAUUUUCUCUCGUCGAAGGUAAGUUAGCUUUUGGAACUACUCAGUCAGUGUCAAUGGCGUAGUUAUAGGAUGUAUUGGUUGGAUCCAAGCCCUUUAAAAAAACAAAAAAAAAAAAGAAAAAGAAAAGGAAAAAUUUAAACUAUUGUAACGCUAAAAAAAAGGAAAGAUUUGUAAUAUAUCAUUGUUUUGAUGGUAGAAAUUGACGACCCCAUAAAUUCUGCCUCGAGUCUAAAGGGCCUUGAUUCCACUUUGGUGUUCCACUGCAAUGACAAAGAAGACGAUGGUUGGGAAGCUUUGAAGUUUCUUCCGCUCUGCGACAUUGGUGCCGCUUUUCUCUUACAUCCUGACAACGACGACGAGUUACCUAUGGAUAUUGAGGUCGAGGAGCGUUUUUUUAGAUGCCUGAAGUCCAAAGUACGAUCAGCGAGAAUAAAUAUUACUGAACUUAGGCGAAAUAAAAAGGGAGAAGCCAUGAAAUUACACUCUUGCAAAAAGUUUCUACAGGAGUCAGAUACCCUCAAGUUUCAGUUUAAGUGGGUUUAUUUCAGUAGCCUAUCACAGUAUCUUGUUCCUUUUGGUGCACUUAUGGGGGCAAUCGUACUGGCGUUUAUUUUUGGCUCUAUCUACGAUUUCUGCUGCCGUGAAAAUAAGAAGAGGAAGAGCCUGAGGAAAGGAGGUGCGUGUAACUUUUCUUGACUUAUUCCUUUUUAUUCAGGUGGGUCUGAGAUUCUGUAAAAAUCAUGGGCGUACAGAGUCAUUUCGGAAAAUAUAAAAGUGUUCCUUCAAAAUUGUUUGUAGGGUUUUUGUGCUGACAGGAAAGAGCCUAAGUUGCUGCGGUUUUGUUAUUUUCAGUGCGACUUGCUUUACAUCUCGCAGUCUCUGCGUAUAAUCUCCCACUCUCCCCCCCUCCACAAGCCCUCCUUCCACCUCCUCGCUGCUCCAUCUCCUACUAAGCAGUGUGUCGAGUGCUAUUUUCAUCAUUUUAUGAAGCCGGCCAUAUUUGAUCUUGAGGCCGAGAGCUUCUGUUCUUCAAAUCGUAAUCUCUUUAAAGUAUAGACGACGUUCUGAACAAAUGCGAUUUAAUCUGCUCUAAGGGAUGGGUGACAUGUUGAAUUUAGCUCAUACAUUUGCUCUCGCGCGUUGGGGAAUCUGUCAGUUAUACGCAUAUUCGCAAUUCUCUCCACGUUACCAGUCAAUUCCAAAAGAUAUGCUUGGUUUCAAGCCUCGCAACAGAUAACAAGGACUCCGUAAUAAAGAUACGCAUUAAAAACAUAACAGAUAGGAUGAGCGUAAUUACCCUUGUGUCCUUUUUGGACGGAAAAGUUUUGAUUACCUUCAUAUCAAUAUUAUAUCUUGUUUCUUUAUCCUUUAGCAAACUCUCUCCAAAGUCAUUCGACUCAAGUAAGCCUCGCUCAAAAAUCUUGUGAUGACCACCAAGAGCUUGAUAUGGUGAAAAGCAAAGUCUAACUUUAAGGAGCUGGUGCACUGAGAAGGAAAUUGUAGAAAUGUAAACGUAGUUAUGACGCAUUAUUGCUAAAAGCUCUGUGUUUCUGCUAUCUGUUCAUUACUUUAUGCCGACAUUAAGGGACUUUGUGAAGUUUAUAACUAAUAAGUAAAUGAAAAUAGGUACGUAAAUAGUUUCAACUAGUUUUGCUGUCUAGUGGAAAUACGAAUGCAUAAAUUUUGUAGGUACCCGCCCAAGGUCAAAAGCGAAAAGAAUUUCAAAUUCAAGCGCUGUCAUUAUAAAUCAUAGAAACUUGGACGAAAAUGUAAAAUAAACGUCUGAGUGAAAUUUUCUUAAAAGAUUUUGGUUUUAGUUUGAUCUGGAGGCUAGAAAGUAAAAAAUGGGAAGUUUAAACGGCAAAUGUAUUUAACCGAGAAGUGCUAUUCCAUCAUGUUCGUGAAGUCUGAUCUUCCGGGUGAGAGUUGACUUAACACCGAGGAAGAGAUGCCGCUAAUAGUAACUGAC